AUGGCAUCCCCAUAUAACGGCUACACGCAUGACCCCGUCCAACGUGCUCCUUCUCCAUACCAGCCCCAAUACGGCCCUGACCCAACUCAAGGGACUCCGUCGCCAUACACGCCGUCGUCGUAUGAGCAGGGCUCCUCAUAUGGCUACUACGACCAGCACCCUCAGGCUAAUGGCCAAGCCUACAACAACCAAGGUGAUCAACAGUACAACGGAAGCCAGCCCCAAUAUGACGGACCCCUGGUGCCGCAGACCUCCCAUGGUUUCAUUGGCACGGUCGGUGGAGCUAUCAUGGGGUCGUUGACCGAAGACUGGGCCAAGAGAAAGAAGCCGCUCUGUGGAAGGCCAACUACUCCGACAUGUGUGCCGCAGCAACCUGCUUGCCCACCAGCUGGACCGGUGUUCAUGGCAGGGACCGCCGCCGGUGUACCCCCAGACCCAUCCGGGGAAGCCAUGUGGACAUCAGCAACAUUGUGGAUGCAGCUUCUUUGGGAAGCAUUGAUCGAAGCAUUGAUCGAAGUAUUGUCAGGCAACGUGGUGCAGUGA